AUGGGCAAAGCCACUUUCACAAUUCAAUUUCCAUUGCAGGGUAUCAUGCUUUCUGUCGUUGCUGUCUCCGCGUUGGUCGUCUCCUCUGUCGCCGCUGGAUCGGUCGACAUAGGGAAGAACGGUCAAGUCUCCAUUGAUUCGCUUUUGGUCGGCGAAUUCUACCGACCUUCGAGCGACAUCGUCACCGGGUAUGCCGACUCGACCUCGCCCGUCCCGUUCCGUCGAUCUCCGUGUCCUGGUCUCAACGCGCUCGCCAACCAUGGUCACAUCCCGCGCAGUGGCAAGAACAUCACACACGAGGACCUGCGCGCGGCUCUUAUGUCGGUGUUCAACUUUGACAGUGGCUUGACCCAGGUUCUACUGAACCAAUUGCCUGCCACCUUCUCCCUCGACAUUAUUUCGCGCCACAACGUGCUUGAGCACGACGCGUCCCUUGUGCACAACGACGAAUACUUCGGUGGUGACCCGAUCAAUAUCAACGAGACGAUGGUGGAGAAUCUGCUGGGUCGCUCGCUGGACGGCAAAUCGCUCGGUAUAACUGAGGUCGGAGAGACCCGUAGGGACCGUCUGGCGGAGUGUCGUGCCAACAAUCCGGAGUGCGUCUUCGGCUCUAACCAGACCACGUUCUCGUAUCUGGAGGCUGCUGUGUUCAUCGUCGGCUGCGGUGGCAACGUCAACGAGUCGGUCACUGUUGAAGCUGCACACUCGUUCGUGUGGGAUGAACGCAUUCCGGACAACUAUGUUGCCUCGGCGGUUCCUGUUUCGUUCAGCUACAUGCAAUCUGUGACGGCGAAGCUGCUAAAGUUCGCUUAAGAGCUUUGACAGUUAAUGGGCAGAAGUCAAUUAAAUAACUCCUGAUCCUU